CAUUUUUGUCACAGAUCCAGGCACAACCCAGGCUCAUUGUUUACUUAAGGCCAGUGGCUGCGGAUUUGGAACUCGUGAGACCUGCUGCCUUGAACUGAGUUAAGUCAUAUUUUUCAACUCCGUUUCCUCAGCAGCCUUCCUGCCACUGCAGUGGAGGUCCUUUCUGUGGCAGUGCACGGCUUCCAGUGCGUGUGGGGACUUGUAGCACCAUGUUGGGACCACAGCAGAGCCUGCCGUGUAUUGCCCCGCUGCUGACCACAGUGGAGGAGACUCUAAACACUGUCUGCGCGCAAGUCCGAGGACACAUUCCUGAGUGGCUCAAUGGCUACCUGCUUCGAGUAGGACCUGGGAAGUUCGAGUUUGGAAAGGAUGAAUACAAUCAUUGGUUUGAUGGAAUGGCUUUGCUUCACCAGUUCAGAAUGGAGAAGGGCACAGUGAAAUACAAGAGCAAGUUUCUACAGAGCGACACAUACAAGGCCAACAGUGCUGGGGACAGAAUUGUGAUCUCAGAAUUUGGCACACUGGCCCUGCCUGACCCAUGCAAGAAUAUUUUUGAACGUUUCAUGUCAAGGUUUGAGCAACCCACCAUGACUGACAACACCAGCGUCAACUUCGUACAGUACAAGGGUGAUUACUUCCUGAGCACAGAGACCAAUUUUAUGAAUAAAGUGGACAUUGAAGCUCUGGAAAGGACGGAAAAGGUGGACUGGAGCAAGUUCGUUGCUGUGAAUGGGGCGACUGCACACCCUCAUUACGACCCAGAUGGAACUGCAUACAAUAUGGGGAACACCUACGGACCAAGAGGUUCUUGCUAUAAUGUUAUUCGGGUUCCCCCGGAGAAGAGAGAGCCUGGGGAGACGAUUCACGGAGCACAGGUGCUGUGUUCUAUCGCUUCCAGGGAGGCGAUGAAGCCCUCUUAUUACCACAGCUUUGGAAUGACAGAAAACUACGUAAUCUUCAUCGAACAGCCCCUAAAGAUGAAGCUGUGGAGAUUUGUCACUUCUAAGAUCCGGGGAAAGGCCUUUUCUGACGGGAUAAGCUGGGAGCCCCAGUAUAACACACGAUUCCAUGUGGUGGAUAAGCACACCGGACAGCCUCUUGCAGGAGUGUAUUCCAGUAAGCCAUUUGUUACCUUUCAUCAAAUCAAUGCCUUUGAGGACCAGGGCUGUAUUGUGAUUGAUCUGUGCUGUCAGGAUGAUGGGAGCAGCCUAGAAGUUUACCAGCUACAGAAUCUCAGGAAAGCUGGGGAAGGGCUUGAUCAGGUCUAUAAGUCAAUGGCAAAAUCUUUCCCCCGAAGAUUUGUCUUGCCCUUAGAUGUCAGUGUGGAUACCCCUGAGGGAGAGAACCUCAGCCCACUGUCCUAUUCUUCAGCCAGUGCCGUGAAACAGGGUGAUGGGGAGAUCUGGUGCUCUCCUGAAAAUCUACACCACCAGGACCUGGAAGAGGAAGGAGGGAUUGAAUUUCCUCAGAUCAACUAUGGCCGAGUCAAUGGCAAAAAGUAUAAUUUCUUCUACGGCUGUGGUUUUCGGCAUUUGGUGGGGGACUCUCUGAUUAAGGUGGACGUGGUGAACAAGACACUGACGGUUUGGAGAGAAGAUGGCUUUUAUCCCUCAGAGCCCAUUUUUGUUCCGGUGCCAGGAGCUGAUGAGGAAGAUAGUGGGGUUAUACUCUCUGUGGUGAUCACCCCCAACCAGAGUGAAAGUAACUUUCUCCUUGUCUUGGAUGCCAAGAACUUUGCAGAACUGGGGCGAGCGGAAGUACCUGUGCGGAUGCCUUAUGGGUUCCACGGCACAUUUGUCCCCAUCUGAUGCCAUAACCACAGGGUCUGGGAUCAGGUUCCAAGGGGAGCACAGAAGAGAGAAAAUGGUGGGUCUCACCCCAAACCUAUUGUGGUUUGGACCCCACCCUGACCACCAAGGACUCAUAUUUUGAAUGCUUGUUCCCAGCUGGGGGCACUAUUUUGGGAGGCUGUGGAAACCUUAGUGGGUGAGGCCUCCCAGACACCAGGGACCAGCCUUGGAAGGCCCAGGUUCUCUCUCUGCUUCCUGGUCCACUUCACUGUGAAUGGCCUUCACCCCAUGUCACUGAUGGGGUGCACCACCAUGCCAACCUGCUAGGGCAGGCUGAAUCUCCUGAAACUGUGGGCCAAGAAAACAUUUCCUCCUUAAAUUGUUCUGUCUGUUGAGGUUUGGCUUGGUUUUGUAGCAGUGGUAAAAUAACUAAUAAUGAUAAUAAACCCUGGAUGUAUGGCUUUUCACUUCUAUUAAAACAUAAUUUUGAGGUAA